GCCAAAAGAUUGGUGUCUGACCAGUCCUAUGUCUUCAGAUGAGGAGAGCUCUAGUAGUCCAGUCAAUCCCAAAGAUUCAGACCAUGGCAGUUCAGUAUCUUCAGAUCUUCAGGAUGAAUAUGAUGAGCUUCUUCGUUACGCCGUGGUAACUCCAAAGUUUGAGCCAUAUUUCCUAAGGGACCAUCAGGUGAAUGCUGAACAAACUACAAGUGACAGGAUUUCAAGGCAGAGGGAAACUGUACACAAGCAAAUUUCAGCAAAUAACUCCUCAGCAACUGAACAUAUCAGAGAGUCCUCGGAAAAGGAACCUAAAACGGUUUCAGAAGACGAAGCCUCUCAGCCAAGGACCCCAACAGCAGACAAUCCCAACGGGAUCCUGUCCGGCAUGGAGGCAUUCUCUCCCAUUCAUUCCGAUGAACUAUCCAUUCCAAGCUCCACCUCGUCUCAUUCCCAAACUGGACAGACCCAAGUAGCACAGAUGCCAGUCUGUCCCGAAAAUAUGAAACGGGUUGAGAACUUGCUCGAUCUAUGGAGUGGAAAUCUUAAGAUAAAUGUUAUGGCUGAGCUAAGCAAAUGGAGACUCACCAUCAUUGAGGAGCAUAAACUGGAAAUGAAAAGGCAGAGUGAGAAGCACGCUGAAGACCUCUCACGGCUAAGCAACCAGCUGGACAACCUUCAGGAGAUACUUCAAACGUACGAAACCUCCAUACAGCGAAAAGAUGAGGUGAUUUCUAACUUAACACGUGCUUUAGAGAAGCAAAAACAGAAGCUUGAAUUAAUGCGAACAUUCACUCACUGGAGACUUCAGCAUUCAGAUGCCAGACAAGAGGAAUAUGCAUGUAGUAUGGCUGAUAGACACUUUAAGAACACUCUAAUGAAGAACAUGUGGAGGGCUUGGCGUUCUGUUGGUGGAUCUAACUGGAAGGAUAAAGUUGAAAAAGCUUGUCGAGCACGAGCAGAAGAAGUUUGUGUGGAUCUGUCUAACGAUUACGAAUCCAGGAUAACACAGCUAAACCUUUCCCUAGAAGAUGCCAGAGCAGAAGUGCAGAGACUUAAUGGAGAGCGGGAGCAGUUUGAGGGUUCGAUGAAGAAAGCUUUCAUGCGUGGCGUCUGCGCAUUGAACAUGGAGGCAAUGUGCAUGUUUCAAGGAAAAGAAAGCCAAAUGGAUCAUGAUCCUAUACUGAGGAGAGAGGAAUUUGGCUCUAGCCCUUCAGUUACAUUGCAGCAUCCGGCCACAACAUCGGCUCACAUGGCUUCAUCCCAGCACGACCCACCUUUGUCAUUCCACCCUCCUCCAUCAGAGAAAAUUUAUAGGCACCACUAUGUCCCAUUAGGUGCUUCCCAUUCAAAGGAAGAUGGAUGCACCCCAGUUGUAAUGUCUGCCACAGCGUCCGGAUCCAGUAUAUUAUCAACACAAAAGCUGCCCCCAGCAAGGGUCGUUACCUCGGGUCAGCAGAAAGCUGGAAGGACAAUAACGGCGCGUGUCACAGCUCGGUCAGAUCUGGCACAGAAGAUUAGCAAGACCGGAAGUAGUGUGAUGUCUAUGGCUGUUUCCCCACCCAUGGCCUCUGUUGUAGUUGAAAAACAUCAUCCAGUAACUCAGCAAACUAUCUCCCAAGCGACUGCUGCAAAAUACCCACGGCCCUCAGUGCAAAGUGCCAGCUCCACCAGCGGAAGAAGCACUGCUAAUCCCACCAGCAUCCACACUAUAAAGGUUGUUGACUAAUGUGCCUUGUAGUCCAAUUCAUUGUAAAUACUUCCUGAAAUACUUGCAUUACUUGUCUUCAGACAUGUGGAAUGUAAAACAGAUUGACUUGCUUAAUAGUGUGCAGUAGCUGUAUUCUGUUUGAGUGACAUUGUUAUUUUUAUAUAUUUUUAUUCUUGUGUUUUAAUAUUUAAAAUGUCUAAUUUUUUAUAUGAAAUAUUUUGUAACAGUUUUAAAUAUUAUGUGUAUACUUGUUUGUCACAUUUGUUUUUUUCUUUUUGUUUUUUCUUCACCCCAGUGAAAAAUGAUCUCUGUUUUAGUAAGCAUGUGUGAUGAACAUCACAUUAAUAAGGAAUGUUUACUAAUAGCCAUACAGAUGCAUGUAGUCUGAAAACAGGAAGCUGUAUAGCAGAAGCAGCCCUUUUAAAUGUUUUGUGUUUACCCAUUGUAUGAUGCGUCAGCCAGGACACACUCUCCUGGCAUUGUAACAUGCGUUCUGUACACAGCCAUACGACAGCUCAGACGAUUGGCAUUCUUACCAACAGUCACCUUUUUAAUCCAGCCAAGGGGCCAGCUGUCCAUCAUGGAAGACAUUUAGAGGAGACAUUUGUGCCUUAGUUACACUGAGCCAUUCACAGAUGGAAGUGUUAUUUUGAAUUGAAGAUUUCAUUAAGCAGUCCUUUAAGUGUGGAUUGCGCAUUAGCCAGAAACUGACAUCACGCUAACAGAAACAUAAGUGCUUUGAAGCCCGAUUCCCUGGUCAAUAAAAUGCCUGAAAAUAAACUUGUUGCCUAGAUUUUCCGUAAUCCGGAGUUAUAUUGCUAAGUGUUAAUGUGUUCUGUGUAUCCUGAGCCCAUGCUAUUAAAUCUAAUGUAAAUGGUGUCGCAACAUCAUAAUGCAAUUCUGUCAUUUAACUCAUUGUUGUGUGUUUUGUAUUUUUAAUAA